ACGUUCACGCGUUUGUACCGGUAGAUCAAUGUGGAGAUGGUGUUGGUCAGAACCUCAAAGAACACCUUUCGGUUGGACAAAUAGUUAAAUGUCGCAUUAAAUCGAUCAUGCGAGAGAAGAAGGCGAUGCUUGCAACCUUCAGAAUCAAUGAUCCUGUAAACACCGAUCUCAGUGGAAUUAAAAUAGGCGAGUUGACGAAGGGAAAAAUAAUGCGAGUCAAAGAAGAUAUAAUAGUGUUGUCGUUAGAUCCCUCUCAAGUUCGGGCGAAUCUUCAUAUAUCUCAUCUUUCUGAUCACCUAUCUCCGUUGCACCUUGCAAAAGUCGUUAAAGCCUUGAAGCAGGAUGAUACGUUAAAGAAUUUAUUGGUGUUGUCAAAAAACGAGGAUAAAGGGUUUGUGAACGUUAGUUGCAAACAUUUAUUGGUUGAAGCCGCAAAGGCUGGGAAAUUACCGAAAACGCUUAAAGAGGUCGAGAUAGGUGCUGUCGUUCCUGGUUACGUGAGAAACGUCACGGAUUAUGCAGCGAUUGCUGAUCACUAUGUCGCUAGUCCGGUUGGAGUAUUUUUUCCGAAUCAGUCCGUUAUAUGUCGUGUAAUCUCCAUUGACACUGAGAAUUCAAGAUGCGAGGUUUCUUUGAAAUCUUCGGACAUUGACAUAGCCACCCUUUCUUUCAUUACGGAAGGAGAUUUCAUAAAAUCUUAUUUUUCCGAACUGUAUGAAAAUAAACAUUUACCAACGAAGGAUCAGAAAAUUCGUAUUGGCCACGAGGAUGAGAACACCAAGAUAAAGGCAUCUAUUAAUGAGGAUCAUGCUCGCGAUCGUGAAGAGGUGAAGGAAGGCGCCAUACUUUAUGGAGUUGUCCUUGACUUUGACGAGAAGGGGAAAUUUGCAGAUUUGUCGGUGAGGCCUGAUCUGAUGGAUGAGAGCAAAAGAACAAAUGAUCAAAAGAUUAACGGACCCGGGAGUAACAGCGAGCCGCUCCUUUCGCACAGAAAAGAGCUUAGGAAGCUGUUAAAGAAUGGUGAAACAGUGGAUGCAGUUGUCGAGCUAGUAAAGGAGGAUUAUAUCAUCGUGUCUCUUCCAAAGCAAGGCAACACAAUAGCUUUCGCCACUUCAAAAAGUUACAAUGAUAGGUCGCAACCCUUUACGCGAUAUAAGUUUGGACAGAAGGCAAAAGCUAAGAUUGUACAUGUUCCCCGACAUAAGGAGGAUGCUGGUUCUACGAGUAAGCAUGGGUCAAUCAAUCGCGUCCUGGUAACCCUUCAAUUUCCCACCGAACAACAGGAAUGGUUACUCGUGACUGAUGCAAAAACCCUCAAAGACUUUUCCCCGGGACAGAAAAUUAAGGGUACUGUCACAGCGGUUGAAAAGUAUGGUGUAUUCAUUAAAAUAAAUGAUACUGCCAUAAGCGGAUUGUGUCAUAUAUCGAAGGUGUCGGACGAUUUCGUUAGAGACUUGUCAGCAUUAUAUAAAGUUGGGCAACGCGUGACAGCAGUAAUCCUGGAGGUCGACCUCAAAACCCAAAAAAUCUCCUUUGGCCUCAAAGAAUCGUGCUUUAGGGCUCACAAUCUGGAAUUGUCCAGUGAUUCGGAAGUGGAAGAAGAUGUUAUGGAACUUGAUGAGGAGAUGUCGAACAAACCUAGGGAGACGAAUUCUCAGUUGCAUGACACCGGGGAAGAGUCAGAUUACUCCGAGAGUGAGGACAAUGUGAUGUCUGCUUCCGAAGAUGAUGAUUCUGAUCAAGCAGAGCCCUUGUCUCUUUCCGGUACUUGGAAAUGGGGAGACGAAAAUGAGAAGGUCGAAGAUCAAAAUAAGAAGGCGGUAGAUCAUUCACCGGAUC